AUGUCAGGACUUCAAAAGGACGCCCUUCGGGCAAAGAACGCCGCACUUGAAGCACGAUUAGCCGAGUUGAAGAAACGACACGCAAAAAUCCUGUCAACACUGGCCGACCCAGAAAACCCAGAGAAGACGGUAGCAAGACAUAUCAAACUCCUCCACGACUACAACGAGAUCAGAGAUGCAGCGAUGGGCUUGAUUGGGAAGAUUGCGGAUCAUGAGCAGGUUCGGGUUAAGGAUGUCAUGGGGCGGUUUGGGAUUGGGGAAGGGGAUGAAUGA